GUAGUUGAAGAGAGCAUGGAGUUACAACCGUUAACCAGUAGUGGUCGCAAAUCAGAAAAUUCUAGUAGUAAAAGUAUUUUAAGAAGAAUGCCYCGGGUAUGGAGCGAUGAAUUAGCUUCAGGAACCGAUCACAGUGAUGAAGACCCAAGGCCAAUAUCACCGGGUAUUCCAAUACUAAAUAAAGCGAAAUCAGAUAAAGAACCACGUGCUAACGAGUCUAAAAAGUGUAUACUAUCACCACCACCGACUGUGUCAGAAACAGCUAGGAAAGAAUCAACGAAUCAAGAAGUAAUCGGUGCUGGGCUUCCGUUAUUACAGAGGCUGUURAUCCUUAAACAAAAAAAUGAACAAGAAGUGAUGAUGCAAAGUAAACCAAAGAAGGUUGAUCUAGAAGUAUCCGAAAGUACGCCUAAGAUAAAAUCGAACGUGAAAUUAAAAACUCCAAAAAAAGAAAACACAAAAAGCAUAAGCCUAAAGCAACGGCUGUCGGAGGUACAUACCAGGCAGMGUAAACCGACGUCGAAUACGAAAUUGUGGACACUUUUAAAAAAAGCGACGGUGCUUACACCAAAAGCCAAGUUGCAAGACUUAAAAGCCGAUUGUGAGGUCCCWCGUGACACGUCGUCUCUUCAAUCAAACUUGAAACCCGCCGCCGAUGUUUCACAUAUAAAUACCAGUGGUUCCGAACACAAGUUUAUUGUAAUGUGCCAAAAAUUAGAUGACCAAUACAAGCAGGGCUCAUUGAUUGCUCAAAACUUAUCAGCUCACAAUAUUUUAACAAAUAAAUGUACUGAAAAUAAUAUUAAUAAGGAAAAAUGUGAUAUUAGAAUAGGGCAUAGGCCAAAAGUGUUGCAUUUAGAUGGCAAGAAAAGAUGUUACGAUUCGAUCAACGAUCUGUCACCUGAGUAUUCCGGUUUGUCGUUCGUCAAGAAAUUGAAGAUAUUAAAYGAACGACAAAAGUUGGCGGAACUGGAAGAGAAGGCGUUCUUGAGAAGUUCCAGCCUGGACUCGUCCGGAUGCAGAGCUWUGGAUUUUUCGUAUGGCAACCAGUUGACACGGAGUCACUCUGAAGCAGUGGCUCUGGAGGUUGUACUGAGAAAUCAAAAUUCGCGCAAACAAGAACCGUUGAGAUGCAACACUACUACACCGGUUGAUGAGUGUAACGAAACGGCCGAACGGAUACGGCUUAAGAACAUACUUAAAAAGUUAUCGUCAAGCUGUUUCGGAAACGACAGAACGAACCAGUUGAUGACUUCGCAAACCAUAGAAGGAUACGCUGCCAGACACUCCAAAUUGACUAGAAACAUUACCUUCAACCAACGCCGCACAAUAGAAUCAUCGCCAGAUUCUUGUAGCUCCUUAUUUGCGUUUCCCGAAAGCAURACCUCGCAGUCUAAAAACCCCGAUCUUAUACCAAUAGAUUUGUCUCGUAAGACUGACUUGCUAGAGUCUUCCCAAACAACUUCAAAGCAUACAAAACUGUCUAAACGAAUGUCUACCAACACUACAGUACAAUACGUGUCGAGUCGGCCGGACAUUCGACAAAACUGUUACGACGAAAUACUGACUGGCGUAAAAACAAUAGUCGAGAAAUGUCUAAACGAUAUUGAAGGAAAAUAUCGAGGUAAAAUAGAUGAACUCGAAUCUGAAAUUAAUAAACGUGAUUAUACAAUAAGCACACUGUGUGAACAAUUCAAUCAGAAACUUUGCGAUCAGCCCGUCGACGAAGGAAAAUUAGGAUCAUUACUUGAUAAUUAUUCAAAAAAUAUAGAAGAGGACGAAGAAAAUCCAUUUAUAAGAAAUGAUUCUGUAGAUACUGUCAUGUGUCCAAAAGUUUCUUCGUUCAACAGUUUAUCCCCAUUCAGUAUAGAUGACUCAAGUUGUUAUAACCCAAAUUCCAGUAGCCCAGUGUUGUUCUCGAGUAAGUCUUGGGAAGACCGGUCGGAAGAAGAGAACUUGGAACUCCGAGAUUUGCCCAAGUCAAUCAUUCCAGAACCAUCAUGGCAGCACGAUGAGACCAGAAUUGAUAUGAAUUGCACAGACGACGAAGAAGAAGAGUUUCCACCCAGGUGGGAGAACUGGGAAGCGGAGAUGUUAGUGGGACACACUAGUCACAAUGAUCUCCACGCUGGCCCAGAAAUUUUCAGCCGAAGGUCUUUGGACGAAAAUAGUAUGAUCAUACACAGAGGAUUUCAGGGACGGAGGAGGUGUUUGUCGAUUGAUAACGUGCCAUUUUCCAAUUCGAUAUUAAGAAAUUUUGGACAAUACGUCCGUUUGGGAGGCAGUUCGUCACAAACGUCUUCGCCCGAUAUACUGCCGACCAUAUCGAAGAGUUGUUUUUCGUUGGUAUCGCAGCCCGAAAAUUAGAUUCAAUUUAAACCAAUUAUUAUUAUUAAUAUUAUUAUUGUUGUUGUUGUUGUUAUUGUUGUUAUUUUUGGAUAGUAGACAUUUUACCAUAACAGG